AUGGUCAACUCCUGUAGUGGAUCCGUCUGCUCAGACCAGGGCUGCGGCCAGGAGACCUGCUGCCGCCCCGGCUGCUGUGUGUCCAGCUGCUGCCGCCCCACCUGCUGCAGGCCACCCUGCUGCAUCUCUAGCUGCUGCCGCCCCACCUGCUGCCAGACCCCCUGCUGCCGCCCCUCCUGCAGUGGCACCAGCUGCUGCCUUUCCAGCUGCUGCCGCCCCUCCUGCAGCGGCACCAGCUGCUGCGGCUCUGGCCGCUGCAGGCCCACCGGCUGCAUCCUCGGCUGCUGCCCAACGCCCUGCUGCCGCCCCACCUCCAACUGCUGCAGGCCACCCUGCUGCACCUCUAGCUGCUGCUUCCCAACCUGCUGCAUUUCCAGCUGCUGCCGCCCCACCUGCUGCCAGAGCCCCUGCUGCCGCCCCACUGGCUGCAUUUCCAGCUACUGCCGCCCUUCCUGCUGCGGCUCCAGCUGCUGCAGGCCCACCUGCUGCAUCUCUAGCUGCUGCCGUCCCACCUCCUGCCAGACCCCCUGCUGCCGCCCAGUCUGUUCUAGCAGCUCCUGCUGCUGA